AUGCCUUCUGACCAUUCAUUCCAAGAUAAAGAAACCGAUGAGGAUAAUAAUUUAACAGGAAUAUCAUCACUAUUGAGCAAUAUUAUUGAUGAAAUCAAACGGAUUUGCCAUGCAGCUCGUUAUAAUAAAUUGAUUUGUAACAUUUUUAUUGAGUUAGUAAUAUGUUCAGCAGAACCAAUUGUAAGGUUAUUACAAUAUAAAAAAGACGAUAUGUGUUUUGAAUCUGAGAACCUUAAACUAGACGAUCUAACUGUGCUUGAGCAAUUUAAAAUUGCUUUAGUGAAUAUUAAAGAGUUUUCCAAAUGUAUAACGCAGAUAUAUAGUUAUAUUCAAUAUAAGGAUGUUAUAAGCAUUAAAGAAACAUUCGAACAAAUCAUAGAGAGAUAUCGGACUUGUGUGAAAGAUAUGAAUCCAAGGUUUUCGAUAACCGACAUUAAUGAAUAUGAGCGUUUGAAAGAUGACGAAAUUGAUGAUUUCGCGACAAUCUGUUUUUCGGGAUUUCGUGGUAUUUUACUGAAUGCUUUACGAAGAUUAUAUGAAUUUAUUAAGAAACAAUCAUUAGUAAAGGAUAAAAAAUUGGAUCACAGUUUGAUGAUUUGUAAUCAAGGAAUAAAUCCAGCACACAAAUUAAACGUUCAACUUAUAAUCAAUCACAUAAAUCAUGAUGCCGGAAACUUCCAAGUAAAUUUAGUAAUUCCUAAAUCAAAAAGAGACACUUUUUUAUUAAACAAUCAUAUUAAACUGUCUGCAAUUAGCUUUGACCAAUUUCAUCGGAUGUCGAAAAUCGUUUCAAGUAAAUUAGUUAAUGAACCUGCUAAUCAAGUAUAUCUUGAAAUACAAUAUCCUCUAUGGGAAUUGAUUUUUAAGAAAGAAAAUAUUAUACUUCCUGAACAAUUGAUAAAUGAUAUUAAAUCUGCUUUGGAAUAUAACGACCCUUAUCAUAAAUUAAUGCAGAUAUUUGAAGAUUAUGGUCAUUUUAUACCAAGCAAAGUUGUUCUCGGGCAUAAAUUAUAUAGAGUGCCAUGUUUGGCAAAGAAUAGCACAUUGUCAGAAAAGAAGGAGUUUGUAAGUCGUGAAUAUUUUGAAACAGCCGAAUUUAAUGAAUUUUGGAGUCAAUGGGAAAGCUCAAUUGCACGUUGUGACUUUGGUGAAUCAUUUUUGCUAUCAUCUGAUUCCUUUGAUUCCAAACCAUUUAAAAGAAGUGAUCUCAAAGAAUGGUUUACGUCAUGCCUAAAUAAUAAUUUUAAUGGUCUACAAAUCAUUAGUUGGGAAAAAUUACAUCCAUUAUAUGAGAUUUUGGAUGAUAAUUUGAAGCAAAAGGUUAAAUCUAUUCUUGGAAUUGUUGAUCAUGCGGAAGAUUUUAAAAUUAAAAAAAAAGUUCUCAUGUCAGGUGUCGUUCAAGUUACAGAGUUUUAUUAUUAUACUGUAGAAUUACCUUAUCCACUAAACUUUAAAAAUUAUCAAAUUUUUGGAAAAAUUUUAACGCAAGACGGGAAACCAAUUAACCACACAGUAAUAAAAUUCAAGGACAUGACUAAACGUAAAUUCUCAAUCAUGAUUGAUAUUGAUAAAAUUAAGUCCAUAUACGUAAAUCUACAAAUACUUUGGAUUAUGGUUGGGUCACCUGAAAUUGGUUUCUAUAGUCGAAACACUAGAGAUAUUUCAAUAUUAGCAUCAGGUAGUCAUAAAUUUGUGUAUGCAAAAAAUUUAGAAAUUCCAUUGCCAAUACCAGAAAAUCUACCAGAAGAUUCAAUUAUUUGCUCAUCUUUCAAAUAUCCAAAAAAUUGUGGACCGAAUUUUAUGGCCAAUAUUCAAUACAAUAAUGGUAAUAAAGUUAAAGCUAACAUUUAUGAUGAUUCAGACCUACAUCCUAGUGUAUAUAAUAAAACAAAAAAAGAAUAUUUAUUCCAAUGGUGUAUUCUUUCUGGAAAUCAUGAGAUUAUAAUUGAUGAUAACAGUAGUUCACCUGAAAAAAUGCUUAAAUUAAAAUCAAUUGGUCAAUAUCCUUAUGAAAACCUCCCAAAAGAACCUCGAAAUUAUGAAUAUGGUGUGAUAUCUCAUUGGAUAAUGGUAUGGGGUUAA